ACUCACACACCAGUUACACCGCUUCAAGGAGGCAUGUUUCGCAUGUCGCACUGCCUUGUGUACAACUAACAAGGCGCUUAAACCAGUCGUCCCUCUCACGGAGCUCCAAAAGAUGGAGGAGCAAAUUCUGCUCCUCUGAAACUAGAAAUUCUCAAUCAUCUAGGGUGUGUAAUCAGUUUGUCUAUCAUUUGACGUAAACAGCGAGGAAUUAGGGUUACCAGAGGAAAGUGUUAAUGGAUCGUCUUCGUCCCAGGCCCAGGCCGAGGCUCCUCUUCUCUGGAUUCACAAGGGCUGAGGUUGAGAAGAUGGAGAAAUUGCUGAAUGAAUCAGAUGUUAAGUUGAUGGACAAGGAGUUCUUCCAGAAAAUUGCAAAAAGUUUUAAUUGCUCUUCUGGUCGUGCUGGGAAACCUAUUAUUAAAUGGACAGAGGUCCAAACUUGGUUUCAGGAGAGAGAUAAGCACUGCAUGCCUAUGCCCGAAGUUGUUCCAGCGGCCAGUCCUUUAAGAAAGACGCGAGGACGUUCCCCCAUCAAAGCAGGAAAAGAGCUGCCAGAUCUGUCAGAGUUGGAAUUCGAGGCCAAGUCAUCAACGGAUGGGGCAUGGUAUGACGUUGAGUCAUUUCUAACUCACAGGUUUCGGAAUUCUGGAGAAGCUGAGGUACUUGUUAGAUUUGUUGGAUUUGGGGCUGAGGAGGAUGAGUGGAUUAAUGUGAAGAAGGCUGUGCGAGAACGCUCGAUCCCUCUGGAGCAUACAGAAUGUAAUGCAGUGAAGGUUGGAGAUCUUGUGUUGUGCUUUCAGGAGCGAAGAGAACAAUCAAUCUAUUAUGAUGCUCAUGUUAUUGAGAUUCAAAGAAGAUUGCAUGAUAUAAGGGGCUGCAGGUGUCUUUUUUUAAUUCGAUAUGAUCAUGACAAAACUGAGGAAAGAGUUCAUUUAAGGAGAUUAUGUCGCAGGCCUAUACAAUAGCAGUUCAGGAGAUAUUUUGAUGUUCUGCUACUCUUCAGCGCAUUUCCCCCCUCAUGUAUCUGGGCGGUGGUCAGUCCAAUAGGGAGGACCAUUUGAAGUUAAUAUUAGUUAUUCAGGGAGGAAAAAAGGAUUUUUAAUUGACAUGUUACCGCUUGCUGAAUGCUGAUGCGGAUCCAUUGAUUUAAUUCUUCUCUUUUGAAAUUAUCUUUACUAUUUUUGCUAUC